UUGCGACAACCAAUGAGAGGCGAGAAUAACUACCGCUAACCAUGGAAGCGGCCCGUUUUGAACUUCACGACUUUCUUUCUGGACUUUAUGUGAAUACGGGUAGUUGAUAUAAUUACUACGUAUAUAUAAUACUAUCUAAUGGAGAUAGUGCCACGUAGAGACUAUGGAGAGCUGUAAAGGCAGGCAGUACCGAGCGACAUGGCUGUGGAACCAAAUAAUCAAGUCUUUCCGAGAUGGGCUGUCCACUGGAAAACACAGGAAACACAUGAGGACGUACGAUAAUUGCUUCAUAGCCUGUGACGCAGUCUCAUGGCUUCAUGACUACCUGAGAAACGACAAAAAUUUUGGACCAAGUGUCACCAGAGAACAAACCGUUCAGUUACUUCAGAAGUUUGCAGAAAGUUAUAUAAUCAAAGCCGUUAAAGGUAGCAAAAGAAAGCCCUUUCAAGAUGACAAACAGCUAUACCGGUUUGUAGCUCGCUCGUCACCGAAAUCAGUGAAAUCACCUGCACGUCCAAAGGCACGUACGCCGCUUCAGCCACGCGAGAACCACGCAGCGUGCUUGGAUGCAGCAGAGCCACUUCCUGCGCCCAACUUCGAUGACUGUGCAGAAAAGGAGCAUUUCUCUGCGGCUGGUCAGCAGUUGCAAGAAAUCAGAGCCAAAGACAAAGGCAUGAACAGACCACCACUUCCAAUGGCGCUUAGAGACGACGAGGUUCAUUUGAUAUGGCGGUCUGUGACUCUCGCAAGGCUUCGAAGCCUUCUGGGAAAGUGCAACGUAGAUGACAUUAUCGGUGGCUACGGUGUAUCGGGCCGUGUGAUCAUGCACAAUAUGUGUCAACUUAGUAGGAAUGGUGUUGUCAUACUCAAAGAAAAAAAUGAUGAUUUGCCAAAGUGGGUCAUCAAUGCAAUGAAGUGCCUCAUACACUGGCCUAAAACCACAGGAGGUGGUAGCAGCCUGCCAAACUACCCAGGAUUUGAGGCGGACGUCCUCAAAGUCGUUGGCGAAUUCUUCGAGACCUUCGGGAUGCAUUUGGUACCUCAUCCUGUCAACAAGCUCUUCUGCUCUGCAUUUGGCAUACUGCCAGAUGACGAGAGUGACAAUGAGGACAACAGCCAGCUUCACUCACCUGGUGCCUCUAUUGAAAACUUGCUGUGCAGCAUGAGUGUUCAAGGGAGCCUAAUGCAUUUGAACGAAGAGACACAAACGGUGCAACACCCCAAAGGCCUAACGAUGUCUAAUGUUUGUGGAUCUACAUCUGCUGGCAGACCGAAUGCAACAAAUUUUGGAAGGCUAGCAGGUGAUCGCGCCUCUCUCACUAGCUACAGUUCCACAGACUUCGAAGCAGGAUCUAGCACCGACUCCGCCAGCACCAUCAGUACCUGCAGCUCCGCUCUCGGAAGGCCCUGUGUGGCAGGUGUCAACCGAAUGCGAUAUGCAGAUGCUGAACUGGGAUUUCACAGAGCUGAAUACCAGAAGCCGCUCUGCCGUGCCACUUCCUUCGAGGACCUGUCACACUACGCUUGUGCGAGCGCCUCAGCUCCGAGAGAAGCAGUCAUAAAGAGCACGGCCUCCCUUGAGACGAAAGGUUUUCUAACCUUGAGGAAGAUCAAGCGAAGAGAAGAGAUGCGGAAGGUCAGGAACGACGAGAACCUUCGCAUCGAAUGUGCAGGCGGAUACGUCAAUCCCGCUUUCGGUUCAACUUGGAGCGUGGACAGUGAGCCAAAGCGGCUAUCUUCAUCUGUGGAUUCCCUCGCCUGUUCGUCGUCUCUGGCGAGUUCGCUCUCUUCGAGUACUGGGAGCUGCAAAGCUGUGGAAUGUGUCAGCUACAGGCAAAGUGCGGAGAGUUUCCUCUCUGGAAGAGCUGCAGACGGGAAAUCUAAAAUUAUGCGAGUUCCUGGUGUUAAGCUGGAGAGAAGUGGUGUGCCGUUUUACGCGCACGAAACGCAUCUGAAUGCAUAUGAUCAAAAUGAUUCCGACAUCCUCCAGAUAGCUGCAAGCGCCCUUCAGGUCUCAUCUCUCCUGCUUCCGCCUCGUAGCCGCCGCUACCUCCACCUCCUUCUGCGUUUCAUCUACAAAACGUCGCGGAACAGUCAGCUUGUCCUCAGUUCGACACGAAGCAACUUUGAUGUGCUUGUGGAUUGCUUCAUGGAUACGUUCUUCAGCACCUGUCGAUCCUUCAGUGUAGUGCAGACAGAUGCGCGCCGUCUGCUUACAUUCCUGGUGAAUCACUGCGACGCUGUCUUUGUGCCUCCGCGUGAGCUUCACCUGGAAGUUGAAGCCAGACUCGCUAUUCUCCGGCGGGGCCGGCAAGUGUGCGAUCCAGAUGACCCUCCCGCCAUCGCUUACUGUAACCGCGUUUCCACGGUGGAAUUCGAGGCCCAGAAAAAGUAUGUGUCCGAAAAAGCCCUUAUGGAUCUCUUUGACGACAUUCUCCAAGAUCCAAGGCUUUCGGAUAAGGAACGUUCCAGACGCAUGAAGCAGUUCCAAGAUAAUUAUCCGGACAUUUACAAUGCUAAGACAUGUGACCAUCAGGCAACCGGCUUCAAGAGGAGCACAAGGGCUCGUUCAACUGUCAUUGGUCUUUUCAGAAGCCUUAGGUUAUAGGGAAUCUCCAGCAUAGUAUCAAUACUUUUUAUAUGGAUAGCUUUAUUGCGCCAGAGAUGUACGUGUACAGUUUUUUCACCUUUGUUACGGGUCCUCACAUGCAGGUUCUACUAAAUGUAUUUUUCCUCGCUCAAAUGGUGUCAAUUUUACAGUAUUAUCAACAUAGAACAUUGAGGAUCCAUGUGUAUGUGCUGUGAAUAUGUGGGAUCAGGUGCCUACGUGUACCUCAUCUGGCUACAUUGGAAAAUGUACGUCACAGAAUCCUUCUGUAUGUGUGUGUCACACUAUUGUAAAAUACGAGGGGGAUCCAGAAAGUAUACUAUAUCGUUUUGAACCUGUUAUCAAAACGUUUUAUUUUCAGAGAAUCCCACAUAUCUUAAACAACAUCUCUAUGCAGUUUCCACCCACUAUUGAGUACCUUGUCAUAGCAGGGCAUCAGUUUUUGCAUUUUCUGUAGAAUGAUGCCACCUGCUGUGAAACAAAUGUAUGGUUUGUUUAGUCUGCCAUAUCAGGACUUCCUUUAGAUUGUCGUCAUCAUUUCGAUCUUUGAGAAAACGAUAGCAAAAACUUUUUCAGCAUCUCUUCACACAAACUGUCCGAGACUGCGCACAGCAAAUAUGAAGGGCAGUUAUGCGAACAGAAAUUUCUUUCUGGACGUGCCUCGUAACAGUGCAUUCAUUUCCAAUCAAGUUCAAAAUAAUAAGGGUCUACACCAUAGGCCUUUACACAGUCAAUUAUUACAAUACUCAUACCUGAUGCUAGUAUCUAUGCAAUAUGGUUACCAAAUGAAAUAAAAGAUUCAUAAUAAAAUUUGUUUUUAGUUUCAUA